AUGGUAACGACCUAUAAAGUGCAAGAAUUGGAUGACACGCCCUUACAAGGCACAUUUUAUGUGAGGGAUUUGCAAAAAGUACAUGUAGAUGAAGCGACUUAUUUUCGAGUGGAAAAAGUAUUAAAGAGACAAAAGGAUAAAUUGUUUGUCAAGUGGAAAGGGUACCCUAGCAAAUAUAACAGUUGGAUUAAUAAAAAAGAUUUAAAGUGAAUUGUGUGUUUGUGGUGAUCGCAUCAUGAGAGGAGGAAGUUUGAGACGCUUUAAAGUGUAUGUGCCAAAUGAACAAGGAGGAGGUGGUCUCAUGCGCUGGCAGACCCCCUCACCUUAUGCCCCACCACCUUUUAUCGGAUCCUGGGGUGAUCCUCAAAUAGGUGCCGGAGUCAAAGACAUGGCUAAAGAUUUUUUGAAAGGUGUAACAGGAGGCCUUAAAAGCAGUGUCAAAAAGCGUUCGUUAUCAGAAGUGCCGCGAGGUAUAAAGAGAGGGGCUUCCCAAGCGCUCAAGAACGAAUUGAAAAGAAAAGUUGCCAAGAGGUUGAACGAUAUUUUUGGAGAAUAAAACAUGGUCCGCAUCAGCACCGUACGUCAAAGUGAUCCUAUCAUUGGUGUAGGCACAACAUCACUGACAGAUCCUGUGUCUUCCAUCUUAAAAAGGUAUAAAGGAAGAAGAAGAAAACAACAGCAACGAGGAGGAUUUCUCACAAGUCGUAUAAAGAAAAUAGGAACACGACAACGUGUACAUAAACGCAGAAGACGUUGAAACAGACACAUCACCAUGUCUAUCAAAGGGGCAGAGCAGAAUUCAAGUCUAGAUCUCUUUAGAAUACCACCUACAGAUCUUUCUACGGUAAAGUACCGAUAUGUCAAAAUACCACCUCAGACAUCUAGUAUUACUCCUAUCCAAGUGCACGUGGAACGACAAUCAGAUCUCACCGAUCUUUCGAGAAGUUUUGUCCAACUGGAUUUGGGUUUCAAAACCACAGAAAAUGCCAGUCUCACAGCAUGCGCAAACAAUGUGGGUGUGAUGACUUCACCAGCCAACAAUAUUGCACACACCCUCUUCAAGCAAAUCAAUUUCAGAGCCAAUGGUACCUUACUCACUGAACAAGUAGACAUGUACCAUCUUAAAGCUUUCAUACAGACGAUCCUUAAUUAUGACAGGAAUGAUGGAGAGACGAUACUCGAACCAGCUGGAUGGCGGAACGAAAUUGAUUCUCCUGUAACCUACACCGCUGCAAAUGUCAAGAUGGAUGAUGACGCGUAUACAGCUCUUUCCAUAAAUCAUCAAGAAAGCAUCAAGAGACAGAGAGCAGAUGCAACAGAAUACUAUGCAGGAGGAAAGAGGAGAAUCUUGAGAAUGAAACCGUUUAUAGACGCGUUUCACCAAGGAAAAUGGAUCGUCCCCAAAACUCUUUUGGAAUUGGAAUUUUAUCUGAAUCCAGCAGCUUUAUUCAUGAAUGGAGAAGCCAAUCCACCCAGUGAGGAAAUCCGAGUCAACCCAGAGGAUAUUAAACUUACCUUCUUUCUAUGUCUGGUGUCCCUAAACCCAGCCGUCUACAUGAGCAUGAUGAGUAUGAUGACCAAAACCCCAACCAAGUAUCCCAUGAUCCGUACCGAGAUGAGACAGUUUCCCUUAGAAAUCAACAACCCAUUCAAUGGAAAGGUGCCAAAAAGAGUCAUCAUUGGUAUUCUGAAAACUACUGCAUUCAAUGGUCAAUAUAACGAAGACCCCUUGGCCUUUGGAAAAUUUGGGGUGGAAUACAUCAAACAAAUUGUGAAUGGAGAAGAAUACCCAUACGAGACUUUGGAACUCAACACGGCUAAUGGUCAAAAAGACUUGGUGGGUUAUCACCGAUUUCUGGAUGCUACUGGCUGUCUGUACAGAAAUGCAGGAAACAUGGUGCGAUUCAAAGACUGGGGUCAUGGAAAAAAUUGCACGCUGUUUGCGUUUUCCAAUGUGGCCAAUGGAAGACACGAUGACCCGGUUCUUCUACCUAAAAAUGAAGGCUUCAUCAACAUUCACAUUAAAUGUGCAGGGCAAGCAAGUCAGAAAACGGUGAUCGUUUAUGCUGAAUAUGAAAGCAUUAUGGAAAUUGAUGGCAUUAAAGGAGCUACCACGAUGGAAGUGCAUUAG